AUGAUCGACCAGGAUUUGAAAACGCAAUUCUCCGACUUACCGAACUGCCAACUGGGAAGCGAGAAGAUAAUCGAAUCGUUGGCCACGAAAAUUGAAGAUUUUUACUACGAUCCUGACGGUGGAGUGUUCUUCGACGCAUGGUUUGCUCGCUACGGAGAUGUCUUCAAGGUCGACGGCAAGAAUCUAGACGCUCCAGCGAAGUAUACUAAGAACGAAGCAGACGAUUUUUCAAGUUAUGCUGCCUAUGUGAACAAGCAUUGCGAAGCAUUCCAACUCACCAAGCUCACCGAUGACCAAUUCAAGGCGCUACGUUUUGUUUGCGGUCUACAAUCUCCCCGCGAUGCAGACAUCCGAACUCGAUUGAUCGGCAAAUUGGAACCUGAAGAGCAUGCUUCGCCAGCAGACGGCACAAAGCUAACCUUGGAAAAUCUCGUUGAGGAGUGUCAUCGGUUCAACAAUCUAAAGCAGGACACCAAGUUGGUAGAGAAGCCCGUUCCGGAAAAAUCCGUCGUCAACGCUGUUUCUACCAAGCCUGCUAAGAAAAAACAACCGAAAUCUCCGUGCUGGUUUUGCGGUGAUUUACAUUUCGUAAAGGAAUGUUCCUAUCAAGACCACAACUGCAACAAGUUCAAACGAAAAGGGCAUAAAGAAGGUUACUGCUCAUCCGCUGAAUCAAAAUCAAAACCAGCAAAGAAGUUCGAAAAACAAAAGUACAAGGAAUUUGUGAAGUCCAUAGGGAUCUCAGUAAAACGCAUCAAUCUUCAAGGAAAGAGGAAAUACGUUACCGUUGGAAUCAAUGGCAAAGAAGCUGUCCUUCAGUUAGAUUGCGCUUCUGAUAUCACCAUUAUUUCUACGCAGACCUGGAAGGUGAUAAGCAAACCAACCAUCAGCAAAACUGAAAUAACCGCCAUCAGCGCUUCCGGAGACAAGAUCAACAUGGCUGGUGAGUUCCUUGCAAACAUAAUCAUCCGAAGCGUGACAAAAGCUGGCAUUGUCUAUGUGUCAUCAAGCCCGGAUUUGAAUGUCCUUGGAAUUGAAACAAUCGAUCUAUUCCAUCUAUGGUCGAUUCCUUUCAACUCACUGGUCAAUGCUGUGCAUCAGAAGCCGGAAGACAUUGAGCAAAAGCUGCGUACGAAGUUUCCGGAAGUGUUCCAGAGCACACUUGGCCGGUGUACCAAAGCAAAAGUUAAACUCUACCUGAAACCCAACGCCCGUCCCGUGUACUGUCCCAAGAGACCAGUUGCAUAUGCUGCUCUUCCCAAGGUGGAUGCCGAACUUCAACGUCUUCAGGACAAGGGAAUUAUCUCACCAGUGAAGUUCUCCGACUGGGCAACUCCGAUAGUAGUAGUCCGUAAGUCAGACAACGUUUCCGUCCGUAUCUGUGGCGACUAUUCUACAGGGUUAAAUAAUGCGCUAGAAUCAGAUGCCCAUUCGCUACCACAUCCAGAUGAUAUUUUUGCUGAUCUAGCUGGCUGA